AUGCAUUUGUAUGUGGCCAUGUGGGUUUGUGGCACGCUGCUGGCGUUGCUGCUCGGCUGGCAGCAGCGCAAGUGCUGGCGCCUCAUUUGGCAGCUGAACGGUUGGCGGGGUGUGGCAGAGCAGCCGUUGCUCUGGUUCCUAUUAAGCAUCAAUAUGCAUCCACACAGCAUAUUGGAGAAGGUGACUCGUUUGCGCACCUAUUUCCAGCGUCCGCUCGCCAUACUGAUCGGCACGCGUGCGCUCCUCUAUAUCGAUGAUCCGGCGGGCAUGGAGUGCAUAUUGAAUGCCCCCGAAUGCCUGGACAAGACCUUCAUGCAAGAGGGUUUCUUUGCGCGUCGCGGUCUAUUGCAUGCCCGAGGCCAGAAAUGGAAACAGCGUCGCAAGCAACUGAAUCCGGCCUUCAAUCACAACAUAGUCGUCAGCUUCUUCGAUGUCUUCAAUAGUGUCGGCAACCAGCUGAUCGAACAGUUUGCCACAAAGCCCCAUUUGCAUGGCACUGCGGUGAAGUUCAAGGAUGCCGAAGAUAUGCUCAGUCGAGCCGUCCUCGAGGUCUCUUGCCUCACCAUAAUGGGAACGCCAACAAAUUUUACGCAAGCGGAUGACGCGCACAUAGCCACAACCUACAAGCGUCUUCUGGAAAUCUCGGCCAUAAAAAUUGUCAAGCCCUGGCUGCAAAUCGAUUUUCUGCAUCGUCUCUUGGCCCCGAAGCUCUACGCUGAAUCGCAGGCCUGCAAUCAGUUGUUGGUCGAUUUUGUUUCCCAGAUUGUUCAGAGCAAGCACAAGAAGUGGCAACUACGAGCCGCUGGUCAUACACAACUGGACGGGGAGCAGGAGACAUCGUCGGAGCCCUGGCAACGUCGCAUCUUCAUUGAGCAGAUUUUCAAUUUGGCCGCCAGCGGGGAGCUGACAUUGCAGGAUAUUGAGGAUGAGGCGCAGUCGAUGGUGUUGGUGUCCUUCGAGACCGUGUCCAAUAGCAUUAUGAUUGCCCUUCUCUGCCUGGCGGCACAGCGCGACGAUUGCCAGAGUCGCCUGCGUGCCGAAAUUGCCAAUGUGCUGCCACAUGGCGGCGACAGCAGCUACAUUGGUACCGAGCUACUGCAGCGUCUGCCGUAUCUGGACGCCUUUGUGAAUGAGGCGCUGCGCCUGCUGGCCACAGUGCCGAUGAAUCUGCGCCAUGUGAGUCGCGACUUUCAGUUGGCCGGACGUGAGGCGAUUGUGCCGGAGAACACGAUCAUUGUACUCGACACCUUCAGUAUGCAACGGGAUGAGGCCUGGUGGGGUGACACGGCCAAGCAGUUCAACCCGCAACGAUUUCAGCUGGGCGAGCACCUGGACGAGCGGCUGGGGCAGACAGCAUCGCCACAGAUGGACAACAAGUUGCAAACAAAAGAGCGUCGGCACUCCUACAGCUUCCUGCCCUUCUCCAAGGGACUACGCACAUGCAUUGGUCGCCACUAUAGCUUCUUCAUUAUGAAAGUGUUUCUGGUCAAGCUCAUUUCGAACUUUGAGUUCCGGACGGAUCAGCGGCUGGAGGAGCUGCAGUUUGUCGAGGGCAUCUCGCUUAAGUUUCGCAAUGCCGAUGACAUCACCUUCCAGAUCCGUCCACUGACCGGCUUGCCGAAUAAGAAGACCAAUUAG